AUGAUCCAAAGCAAUCUGGGAGAAGAGACCACGUGCAUCUGCGAACUUUUUAGCCAUCGCUCCAGUAUCCAGCUCCUAGCUAGGAAGCCUUUAAGGCGAUAUCCGCUCCAAUCUUUGCUUUCAAGGCAGGGCUCUUCUUUUCUCCUCGAGAAACACAACAACGGCACCAUCGUACCGGGAUCCACUCGCUAUCGAGUACCCAUCGGACCAUUGCCUCCUCCUGAUCCCACCACCUCUACUUUGUACGGAUUGGAUCGAAUCCAUCCGUUGAUCGGAAGAAGCUCCUGCCGCUUUAUCCAUACCGGUAUGGUCCCCAGUAUCCAAACAACAACAGGCUUCUGUCGAAAUACUAGUGUAUUGAAGAAGAAACCAUACGGCCAACAACAACAGCAUGUCAUCGCUUUGUUGUUUACAGUAGUAGCGGUCGCUGUUGUUAAUUAUUGUCGGCUUAGUGGUUGCACGUCAUUCGAUCGCCUCAGGGUGGUUGUAUUGUUGACUGGCAAAAUCCGCACAGCGCUUCUGUUGUUCGUUGCCGACGCUGUGCGAUGGCUCGUUGUCAAUAGUAGCUGUAGUGUCGUUGUAGCUGUAGUGUCGUUGUAG